AUGCCCGCCCCGACGCGCCGCGAGGCGGGCGACGGGCGCGACGUUUCCGGAGAUUUUGAGGGGCGCGUCCUGUUACAUUUCAGCAGCGACGAGGACGUCGACGGAUCGUCGUCGCGCCUCGGAGGGUUGGACGGGUCCACCGCCGCGCGCGAGGCGGGCGACGGCGACGGCGACCGCGGCGGCGACCGGCAGAUGUUCGGCCACCCCAACGGGCUCUUCGUCCUGUGCGCCACGGAGACGUGGGAGCGAUACUCGUACUACGCGAUGCGGGCGUUGCUGGUGCUGUACAUGCGAGACGUGCUGCUCGCCAGGGGGGCGUGGAGCGACGUCUGGGGCAUGCGCGCCCUGGCGUCAGCGUACGGCGCCCCGGACGACGACGCCCCGGACGAGACGCGGGACAGACAGGUGCUCGCGCUGGCGUCCAGGCUCUACGGCCUCUACACCGCGCUCGUGUACCUCACCCCGCUCUUGGGGGGCUACCUCGCCGAUCGACACUUCGGCGCGCAUCCGCUCAUCGUCCUCGGCGCGGCGACGAUGGGAGUCGGGCACGCGCUGCUCGCGCACAGACGAGCGUUCCUGAUAGGCGCCGCGCUCAUCGUCCUCGGCAACGGGUGCUUCAAGCCCAACGUGUCCACGCGAGUGGGACGUUUGUACGAUAGAGGCGACAGUCGCAGGGACGUGGCGUUCGGCAUCUUCUACUGCGGCAUCAACUUGGGCGCCGCGGUGGCGCCGUUGGCGGCGGGGAUGUUGCACGCGGCGGACGGGUACGAGGCUGGGUUCGUGAGCGCGGCGGUGGGGAUGGCGGCGUGCCUGGCGACGUAUGCGUUUUUUGGGUAUUUGAUCGACGCUGGGGAAGAACGUGCGGCGGCGAGGAAAAGCGGCGGCGGCGGCUGGCGUGGUCACGACGCGUCGGCUGGCGGGGCGGUGCACGAGUUCGACGCGUUGGAGGGAGCGGAUGGGAGAGCGGUCGGGUCUCGCGGGGUGGGUUCCGCGGUCGGGAGUUCGAUCCCCGCCGCGGAUCCGGUUCAAGGAGUUCGAGUUCGGAGGCAAUCGGACCUCGCUCGCGUCGUUUGGAGGCACCGGCGCAGGCUCGGCGCCAUGCUCGCGGUGUGCGCGCUGAGCGCGGGGUUCUGGUGCGCGUACGAGCAGCAGGGCAACACCACCGCGCUCUUCGCUGACCAGUGGGUCGACCUCGCCGGCGCUCCCACGGAGUUUGUCCAGUCGAUCAACCCCGUGCUGAUUUUGGCGCUGACGCCCGCGGUGACGAGGACGUGGGAGCGGCAGCGGCGGAACGGGAACGAGCCGUCGCAGAUCACCAAGAUGGCCAUCGGCGCGGGUUUGUGCGCGGCGUCGUACGUCGUCUUGGCGGUCGCCGCCGCCGCGAGCGGCGCGGGCACCGCGGGUUCGAGCGCGACGAAGAACCAGAUGUCCUUCGUCUGGCUCUUCGUCCACCUCGUGGUGCUGACGACGGGGGAGCUGUACCUGUCGCCGGUGGGGUUGAGCUUCAUCACGACGGCGGCGCCCGUCGAGCUCGCGAGUGUUUCGGUGGGUGCGUGGUUCUUGUCCUCCUUCGCCGGCAACUACCUCAGCGGCGAGCUCGGCAGCUUGUACGCGUUUACGCCGGCGCCGACGUUUUUUUUCAUCGCCGCGUCGACGGCGGCGGCGGUGAGCGCGGCGCUGUUCUUCGCGUCUCCGGCGUUGACGCGCGAGCUGGACCCGGCGACCGUGGACGACGACGACGGGUACGAGCAAAUCUGA